GAACAUUCAUCUGAACAAUUACUUUCCUUCUCCUUCGUGGAGGAAAAGGAAUACAUCUCAAGUAUGAACAAGGUAGUAGAAAAGUUUUGUAACUUUUCUUUUGCUCAAAGUUGUUGUGAAUAUGUGGGAAAUUUCAUCUCAUAUAUAAUAUCUAAGUAUGGGGUAAAUGCAAUGCCAGCAAAAUCAUUUGUCAUCCUAGGCUGUCUUUCUAUUUUGAUUUAUGUGUUAAACAACAGAAGGCCCAAGCCCAGGAAGAAGCCCAACGAUCUUCUUCGUACAAGGUCCUUCAUCAUUAGAGAAAUCCAUAGUGGCAACCCAGUGUUGGAUAGAUUGAUAGAUGAUGAUUUCAAACAAGCCCGAGUAAAUCCCUCAGCAUUGAACAACGCCGAUAAACUUCUAAAGGAACAUCUUCAACAAGAAUUUCUUGAUUUAAUAAGCCUUCAGCGAAAUGCGGCGAAGCUGGAAAUGAGUGCAAAGGAAGAUGAAGCAGAAAAAAUACUUCGAGAUGCGUUGAAAAACGCCACUUCCAAGAACAAACCACAAGAAUCCUACGAGAUUGAAAUGUUACUCGUAGAAAUGCUCAUCUACAAGGGAGGAAAAUCAGAUUUAGAAAAGGCCUUGAAAUGUAAAUGCUUGGAGGAUGAUUCUCUUAAGGAUGCUCGACGCCCACUAUACAAGGCAAUUAUAUACAAAAUGCAGGGGAACACAAAGGAAGCUGAAAAUUGUUGGAAUGAAUUCAUUGAAGUACGAGACCCAACUUUCCAUCGUCCUGGUGAAAUCCAUUAUAAAGAUUUUGAACAUCAUGUGGGUCGACUUCAAAAAGCCAUACAAGAGAUUCGACAAAGUACUAAUUUGAAGGGGGUCAAAUGAUCAUCCUAAAGUAAUACAAUCUUAAUUAUGAGAUCAACUAUUAUCUUGGGCAAUGCAAGCAUAGUUAAGAGAUUUACAUCCUAAAGGGUGUUGUUGUGUCCAUUCUUGCCGAUGUGAUGAAAGUUAUCAAUGGGAUUCAUCAGAAUGAAGAGAAUGUUAGAUGGUGUUAAGUGUUGGGAGAGGUUAACCAAGCUGCUAAUAUGUUGGCCACUCAUGAUCUUAGUUUAUGUUUUGAGUUUUAAGUAUUUUAUUUUACUCUCGAUUUUAUUGUAAUGCCUUAAAGGCAGAACUUAGUGAUACUUGCUUUUCUAGAAGUUUGUAAGUCUAUAAAACUUCACUUACUAAAAAUAAAGAGAUUUACAUAAAAAAAAGGAUGAGUUGCAACAUAAUAAGGUUGUUCUUACAAUUAAGGUAUGGCAACUCAAUCCAAACAACAUUUGUAUAUCUCAAUCGCAUUGAUUAUGAGUCUCGUCAUAACCUUUAUGAAAGACAACCAUGACACCAAUAAUAUGUAGAACAAGUGUAUGUUAUUGU